GGAGUUUUGAUGAAUUUUCGUUUUUAAAAUGCCAGCAAUUAGACGUACAAACGUACAAACUUAUAUCGCAGAACUCGCUAUACUGCAUGUCAAAUAUAUUCAAGAGAAAGUCAAACCGACGAGCAUCGCGAAGCGAGGAAUGAAGUUUAACGGAAUCGAUGGAAUCGAAAUCAACAACAUAGAAAUGUUGCGUUUAACCCAAUGAACUGGAGUGGGGUAGAAAGCUAAUGUGCAUAUUGUAUCAAUUGAACAAGAUGCGACUCUAUGGGCGCAGCCAUUUUUAUUUCUCAUCUCACUUGGGAGUAUUUAUAAUAACCAUUUUCUGUUUCACAUUGUUAUUGUUCAAUCCACAGGCUGGUGGAUCAGACAAUAACAAAGUGAAAUAGAAAAUGGUCGUUAUAAAUACUCCCGAGUGAGAUGAAAAAUAACCUAUCUUCGCCCAUAGAGUCGCAUCUCAAGCCUAUUGACAAGCAUUCUACCCCACUCCAUUUCAUUGGUUUAACCCCUAUCGAGCUGCAUCCAAUUGUGGAAAUCGAUUACAGUUCACAGAAAAUCGUUGCUAUAGAACCAAUGAACGUUGUGUGCCAAUAUUGCAAGGCAUUUAAGAUUAAAAAUAAAGCUCCUAGAUUGUGUUGCGCGAGGGGUCAAGUCAAAUUGACGCCAUUUAUACCGCUAUCAGAGCCACUACAUUCAUUGGUUUCCAGAAAUCGGCCAGAUUCUAAAUAUUUUUUGACUCAUAUGUAGCAAUACAAUAAUUGCUUUCAAAUGACGUCAUUUAGCGGAACAAAAGUUAUUCAAGA